UAUACUUUAUUGAAAAUGUUUUAUUUAGAUCUAACAUUAAAUUGUUAGCCGAUAAUAUUAUUAUUCUUUUUUCAGGCUUUAAGCGGAACUGAAACGCCAAUAUACAAUGGCGUCUUUUAAAAGAACUGCACUGUGGACAUGCGCAUGUUUUCCUCUUGGACUGAUGUUUCUGUAUUGGUAUCAGCAAGUUCUUGAAAUUAAAGCUAUACAUCAGCUAGACGAUACACUACAGGGAGAUAAGGCAGAAAUCUUCCCGAGAAAUCUUACAAAUAACAUGAUCAAAGGAGACUCAUUGUCGAAAGCAGAAGGUCAAAACAUUUCCAGGAAGCAAAGCAAAGUGACUGAACUUGAUUCAUACAAAGAAAAGCACAUGUCGGAGAUGGAAAGAAUCUUGUUGAAGUAUGUUCCAAUGCAACCGGCAGACGAGAUGGAGUUUCCCUCAACAGACGCUCGCGAGCCUCGUAUACCUCACAUCAUCCAUCAGAUAUGGUGUGACGAGAAUAUUCCAGAACCAUAUCGAGGCUUUAUAGAAACAUUCAUUAAUCAAAAUCCAAAAUGGCAGUACCGAUUCUGGACGUAUGAAUCCGGACGAAAACUCAUUAAAGACCGAUUUUCUUACAUAUUACCUGCAUUCGACCUAUUUAAAAAGUGUGAUGCAACUCAUUUUGAUAUGAUAAAAUACGCGGUUCUCUACGAGUUCGGUGGAGUUUACACGGACUUUGAUAUGGAAAAUAUACGCCCACUGGAUAUAGCUACAUAUAAAUACGCUUGUAUGAUACCCAUGAAACCCUACGAAGAAUGGGUAAUGAUUCAUUCACUUAAAGACGAUUUAUUUUUAUCUUUAGACGACUAUCAACCACCUCCACAGCUGACUACGGAUAUAAUGCUUUGCCGACCUAAGCAUCCAUUCUUUAAACUUUUGCUCUCAAAUCUACUGCCAGCGGCCCCAACAACGGAACGUGACCCUGAUCAAAUUAGUGGAGCAAGUUAUGUUAUGGAGACUUAUAUUGCAUACAAUGGACUUACGUUUGAAAAUGUGACAAACCACGACACGAAUCAUCCUAGUAACACGCCUAAUUUUUAUCAAGGUACACGCAAGGAGGACGACAUUGACGCCGUUUAUAUUCCAAACUCUCAGUACUUUUAUGACAGCGUGGAUCCCAUUUAUGUUAAUGAUGGAAAAUUGAAUAAGUGUUGGAAAUUUGACGAAAUAGAGCAAAUGCCGGGCCAGAUUAAACACGCAUGCGCGGAAUAUGAACGCCGUAGGACCGUAAGGGAAAAUCGAAAAUAUACGUUUACAGUACACCAUAAUCAUCAUUCAAAAAUGUAUGACUUCGAUCGUUGGGUAAACUCAUUAGAGAAAAUAAAUAUAAUACAGGUUGUGCCGGGACGCAUUUUAUAUAAUUAAAGAUUACUUAAACAUAGAUUAUCAUUGAAAAACACAAAACACUGCAUUUUGCACUGAAUAAAGAAGUCUUCAACCCGCUUGCCCCUUACUACUGUGAGUUCGAAUCCCACCAGGAACUUUUGAUAUUUCAUAUGAGGUCGGUGAUUCUACUGCCUUAAUUAAUGCACGUAGCACCCGAGGUAUUCGUCAACCAGUAAAGCUAUGUACAGAAAGUCGUUAUAUGACAUUACUGAUUAAACACAAUCAAUAGAUAUGUAUUUUACAGAAAAUCUGCAUGUUUUAUCUGUUCUUUAUUUCGUCUCUUUGUACAGUUUCAACAUGAAAUAAUUACAACUUCUGAACAGAAUUAAAAACAGCUUUAUGAUACUAUAUUGGGAAAUCUCAUAGCUAUUGCUUAAGUUAAUUCGCAACGAAACCGGGCCAACUGUAACAUCACAGUGGGCUUCUGAAAAUAGUGUUUUAACGAAAAUGCGAAUAAUUGCCGCACCGGCCAACAUCAAUGUCACGCCAGAGUCAUGUGCUUUAUAUU